AUGUCCUCCGUCGCUGCAUCGCAUCCCGAGUCGGCGUUGUCGCCGUCUUCGGGAUCCGACGACACAGCCGCCUCGAGCGGUGCGAUAGAACCUCCCGAUAGUAUCCAGGCUGUGUCUGCAGGCCUACGCAGCCUCACUAUUUCUGCCUCGCAGCCUCCGGCAACCAACAUGCGCGAUAUUUCUCACUUGCACAACAAGCCCGGCCCUUCCUUCCCGACCUCAGCAUUUGCAUAUCAGCUUACCGAUCGCCACACAAGCCAUGCUCCGUCAGCUCCCAUCGCAACGUCUUCCAGCUACUCGACAAGCCCCGCUAGCCGCUAUGGCCGCCACUUUUCCAUGUCCAACUCCAGCUCCGUCGAUUCGCAACUCAACUACGAUCCCUACCUCGCUGUGCCAGCCAGUCCGAGCAUGAGCGAGGGUCUCACCGACAGUCCCGGCAGUGUCUCGAGCAUGAACAGCUUCCGACGCGGCGACCUCGCCGACAUUGAGGAUCUCGACCUCGAACCCGAGCUCGAGACCGUCAGCGAAUGCGACGAAGAGUCGAGCAGUCUUUGCUCGUUGGAUAUCGGCAUCGAUCUUGACUCUGACUCUGAACGCGCUAGCUCUCACGGAGGCGACAUUGAUCAUCUGGCCAUCGGACCGGCUUCUUCUCAAUUCUCCCGAAGAUCCGGAUCCCAGCCGACCGCGGCAUCCGACUACGCCCGCCGCAAGCGAAGCGAAUGGCUGCUCAACAACUACGCCAACAAGAUUGCCGCCCGCCGUCCUCGUCGUGUCAAGAAGGGCCGCAUCUCCGAGAUUGUCGAAGAAGGAGGCGAGUGCAUCAACACCACCGUCAUGCCAAAGCCUCCCUGUUUUGCUUCAGGUGCUUCGGACUGGUCGUGCGAUGUUUCGGGACCUCCCAUCGCUCCGCCGCGCAGCGUCAGCCCUUCCGACUCGGUCCCGGCCAUCCCUUCGCCUCUGUGCUCCUGCGUCAGCGCCGACGCUGCUCCCGCUACAACCGCGCCAGGACUCGAGGAGAGCGUCGAAACCAUCCAAGGUGAUUUACCCGCUACCACGGUCUCAGCUCCCAGUCCGUCCAGCGCUAUCGUGGACCAAGGUUCUUCCACCCUCGUCGAUACAACGCAGGCGUCGAAGAGCGGCGAUGCAGCGCCAUCAGGUGAGACGGAGCUCAAGUCAUCGCCUCCUCGUCCUUCGCGCACGUCGAGUCGUCGCAAUUCAUCGCCCGUCAAGUUGCGCCCGUGUUUUCGACGUCAGUCUUCCCACCAGUCGGGCGCUUCGACACGAGAGUCGUCGUGCGAGCGUGAUCCACCUCGUGGUCGAUCUGUUCGCUUCAGCAGCCGACCGCCGCAGGAGAUGCGAACUCACAGCCCGGUCGAAUACGAUCGCAAGAGUUGUCCGGUCAACAACCGACUCAGCCCUGCCGAUGUGGAGGAGCUGAGGACCAUGAAGAUGGAGAUGGGUCUCUUGGAAGCUAGGUGGGCCGCCGUGGCCGCAUGCAAGCCGAAGAAGGUGCUAGGUACCGAAGGCACCACCAAGCCCGAGAACCACAGUGCCUACAAUGCCGGCGUCGCUGCCAUGUCUGCCUCACGCGAGCGGACGCCAGCGUGCGGCGCCGAAUCCGAUUCGACGCUAGGACCCGGCUCGACGACGAGCCCUUCUUCUCGAUUGCGCCAGCAAAAGGAACGCGAACGCCAGCAGGAACGUCAGCGCAACCUGCCACACUAUCUGCGCAACCGCCCUGGCGUCUCUCAGGCACAGUCUGAGCCGCUGUCGUCCGAGGCACUUUCGAUACGCAGCAAGUUUGGACACGCGCCUCCGCCGCCGCUGCCGGGAAUGUCUGCGCCUCGCGCCCCGUCCGCAUCACCGAGUCGCUCGACCUCGGUUCCACCGCGCAAUCGCUCUGCGGCAGAAGACGGCCCCGCUUCUCGCCGCCUGAGCUGCCAAUCCAUGCCUUCGUCAGGCAUGGCCGCACGCGCAACAGCAGAGAUCCCGGUCCCCUUGCUGACACAGACAAGCCCCUCGCCUCCACCUUCGCCGCAUUCGACCCUCAACAAGGAUGCGCCUCGUUCGAUUGGACUGUCGGAACGCGGCAGGAGUAGCGGGCCGCGCCCUGCGCUUCCGUGCUCUUCGCCUUGGUCCAGUGGUACCAAUUCGGCCACCUCUUCGAUCUAUUCGAGCACGUACUUUCCCAGCGCAUCGACAUCACCAACGCCAUGCGUCAGCUACCCAGGCAGCAACGGCUACGACAGCCCUGCUUCGGAAUUCUACGAAAGUGGUAGCGAGUACGACAUGGUGUGUUAA